CCUCCUUUUAUUUCCUUUGUAUUUUCACUUGUUUUUUUUUUUCUUUGUUAUCUUAAAGAGUCAAACCUCUCUGUUACGGUUUAAACUAAAAAAAAAAUAUUUUAUUUCUUUUUCUUUUAUUUUAUUAAAUACAGAAAAAGAAACAAUUUCGUCCAACUUGUAUUCAGAUUCAUCCUCUUCGACAGCAGCCUCUGCUGCGCAUCCUACUACAAGCUUUUCCUCUAUAGAUCACUCUUCUCCAGAAUCGUCUUCUUCUUCACCGUCGUCUUCGACUUCUUCACCAUCUGCUAGUUCUUCAUCUUCAUCUUCAACUCACCCAUCCCGGAAACGUCGACGUACUCAAACAAUACUUCCUGGUUCUUCAUCCAUGUUAUCUAUCAACUCUUCUAAUGGUAUCUGUACUUCGGUUAGUCCAAGAACUUCCGUCACUAACAAGAAACUGACUCUUACACAACAAAAUGGUUCUUCAGAAAAGAUAAAAAAGGGUGAACUUGUUCGGUUGAUCAUGCAAUCCCUUCAAGAUCUUGGUUAUCAAAAUGUAGCUCAACAACUUCAAAAAGAGGCAGAGAUCGAGUUGGAAUCCAAAACAGUUCAAGAUUUUCGACAAGCUAUCUUAUCUGGUCAAUUUCCUUUGGCUGAAGAACUCUUAUCGACUUUGACUUUAGUUCAAUCUCAGCAAACGAUGGAUCAUGUCAAGUUUUUGAUCCGAGAACAACGAUACUUAGAAUUACUGGAGGCCAAAAACACUAUGAAGGCUUUACAAGUGCUACGACAAGAAUUGACUCCUUUAGGGCAAGAUGUACAUCGACUUCAUCAACUCUCAAGUUUGAUUCUAUGUUCUUCACCUGAAGAUGUCAAAUCUCAAGCAAACUGGGAUGGUGCGGAAGGAAAUUCUAGAGAACAACUAUUACAACAAUUAGAAGCCUUUGUUGAUCCAUCUAUUAUGAUUCCAAAAUCAAGAAUGACAACUCUGAUACAUCAGGCAUUUGAAUGGCAACAACGGCAUUGUUUAUACCAUAAUAGUGAGGUUGCUGAGUACUCGCUAUUUACUGACCACAGAUGUGAUGAACGGCAUUUUCCAACUCGAACAAUUAAAGUACUACACGAUCAUACAGAUGAAGUUUGGCAUAUCUCAUUUUCUAGGGAUGGGGAACGAAUGGCGUCCGUGUCGAAAGACUCUACAUGUAUUAUUUGGGAUGCAAAGACUUUCAAGAAUCUAUUUGUUUUAAAGUCAAAUCAGCCUGCUACCUACAGUGCCUGGUCACCUGAUGGUUCUCUCUUAUUAUUAUGUGGUAUUGAUUCAAAUUUACGUUUAUGGGAUACAAAUACUGGAGAAUUGUUAUAUACCUAUGAAGGACAUUCUGAUCAAGUGACAAGCUGUGUUUGGCUUCCUAGUGGAAAACAUUUUAUAUCUGGUGCUUGUGACAAAUUGAUGUGCCUUUGGAAAACUGAUGGUACUAUACUUAGUCGAUGGCCAACGCAACGUAUAUUGGAUAUGAAGAUCACUGAUGAUGGAACUCGUAUGGUGACCAUGAGCUAUGAAAAAAGCAUCACUAUCUAUGACAUUGUACAAUUACAACUUAAGGAAAUAGGUCAACUACAAGAAUCUUAUACUAUGACUUCAUUAUCACUCACCAAUGAUGGUCGAUAUGCUCUUACCAAUUCACAAAGUCCGGAUGAAAUUCACUUAUGGGAUUUAGAUGAACGAAAAUUAACCAAGACAUACUGUGGACACCAACAAGGAAACUUUAUCAUACGAUCAACAUUUGGUGGACUAGAACAAUCAUUUAUUCUUAGUGGUAGCGAAGACAACGAUGUAUAUGUGUGGAGUCGAGAACAUGAAUAUGUAUUGGAAGUGCUAGAAGGUCAUGAAGGUAGAGUGAAUUGUGUUAUAUGGUAUCCUGGUCAACCUAUGAUGUUUGCUUCUGCUAGUGAUGAUCAUACAAUUCGAAUCUGGGGUCUGCCAAGUGAAAAAGAAAAAGUCAAUGGACAAAUGAACUCCAAGGGGAAAUUACGGAUCUGAAUGAUAGUUAUAGCGAUAGUUUUACUUCAUAUCCUAUCUCCUGAACUCCCCCUUGUUUUUUUUCGCACUUUUUAUACAUAUACAUAUACACACAUAUAUAUUUUACUCAGUUGGCAUUACUUCCCGCUCUUCCUCUUAUGUUUCCCUUUUAGAUAUAUGUUGUUCAUAUGUUUGUCAUAUACACCUUUUUUCCUCAUGAUUACCUUUUUUUUUUUUUUUUUUACUUU